AAAUGUCUUAUCAUGUGACGUGUGUGUGUAUAGCUAAACAAACCGUGGAUAGCCCAACUUAUUACAGAGUUCUAUAGAGAUGAUCUAUUGGAAAACGAGGACCAAACUUGGAGCAUGCUUGCAAUAUGGACUUUUAGUCGCCGUGAUCGUAAACUUCAUUUUAUUCGCAAUAUUUACCCUUACGCACAGGUAUUUCAAGACCCACGCUGUUGUCAUUAUAAACCCUUUCCUAGGAACCAAUAUAUCUCUAAUUCAUAUUGAGAAUUUCGGACUAAGCCAAAUUAUGAAUGAGAAGCCAUUGCGUGACAGUGCAAGGACUGGGACAUCGGGGACAAGGCUGCACUCUACUGCUCUGAUGGACCCGUACGCCUACAAGCGGAGUACGCCCGUGAUUGUAACAAGGAACCUUACAUGCAACGGCUGUUUCAAGUACAAUUAUGACUAUGUAAUCGAAAAUACUAAUAUAUGUAACAAUACAACUGAAUUGGUAUUUCUCAUAGCAUCCGCAACCGAAGGGUUUAACAAGCGUAAUGCACUGCGCAACACGUGGUUAAAUCUAACCAGCGCUUACACCGGUGCCGUUCGACAUGUUUUCUUGGUAGGUUCGUCUUCCAAGGGUUCAGUCAACGAUAUGAUCGUAGAUGAAAACGAACGAAAUCGUGACAUCAUUCAAGGAAGUUUCUUGGACACUUAUGGGAAUCUUACGUUGAAAACCAGGAUGGGACUGAGAUGGGUUGUUGAAGCCUGCUCAUCUACCAAAUACGUCAUGAAAACGGAUGAUGACAUGUGGGUCAAUGUCGCAAACGUUUUGUCAACGAUGUUGCCUAAGUAUGGGAGAUUCUUCGAUACGCGCGUUGGGGGUUUCUGUAUGCGAAAAGAAACUCCCCACAGAGAUCCAAACUCCAAAUAUUACAUACCGGAGAGUCUAUUUAACAGGGACGUUUUCCCGCCAUUUUGCAGCGGAACAGGGUACGUGGCAGCGUCUACAUUGGUGAAAAAGAUUCACGAAAUUGCCGAUAAUGUUCCGUAUUUUCCAUUAGAGGAUGUGUAUAUUGGAUUAUGUUUAGAACAGCUAAACUUGAAUGUCACGAAUAUAGAUUGGUUUUAUAACUACAACCCAUUAUUCAAGCGUCCUUGCUGGUACAGGGGACCCUACGUGUUCACAGUGCAUGGACUGGCCCCGGAACGACUCUUGGAGAUUUGGAACGCCCGCUGUUAACCAAAAAGAAAAGUCAAAAUCAGAGUACCGAAGGAACACUCUUAUUAAUUCUGAGUUAGUUUGACACUGGUCAAGAUACCAAAUACAGCCAACGGUGAUUAAAUUAGCCCAAACCUCAUGUGCCAUACUCGAGACAAAUUUAAAUUUGUAUCAGAUCUAAACUCUACUCCAAAAUAUA